AAAGUUUAGAGAGUUCUGACUCGAAAUGGCCAAGAGAAAUUUUCUUAAGUUUGAACAAGAAGAGAACGUAGAUGAGACUUUAGUCAACGGAAAAACGAAGCCUCCUAUUAAGCAGCAGAAGUCUGGUUUAAUGAAAUUUUCGAAUUAUUUCAUCGCCCUUAGACCUUGGUCAUUAAGUGGAAGUCUCAUGCCAACCCUUUUGGGCUGUACAAUUGCUCAAAAAUAUCCAGGUGAUGUUCCCUUCAGCUAUCUUAACCUAAUCUUUACAGUCCUCACAGUUGUCUCAGUACAUGGGGCUGGUAACUUAGUUAACACUUACUUUGAUUACAUCAAGGGAAUCGACAAUCGGAAGGCUGACGAUCGUACUUUAGUGGACCACAUUUUGACAGAAGAGGAAGUAGUUACGUUGGGUGCUUUGCUUUAUCUUAUAGGAUGUGUGGGCUUUGUUAUGCUUACUACCCUUUCACCGGCUAAAAUGGAACAUUUAGCGUUAGUAUAUUUCGGUGGUAUUUCAUCAAGUUUCUUGUAUACUGGUGGCAUUGGUUUUAAAUAUAUUGCAUUAGCACAAACUGGCCGCAUUGAAUGGGCCUGCAUUUAUUAUGCUAUCCCACUGGCUCUUAACACAGAAGCUAUUCUUCAUAGCAACAACACCAGGGACAUGGAAUUGGACAGAAAGAAUGGGAUCGUCACUCUGGCCAUUCUCAUAGGACAUACUGCUUCAUACAUAUUGUAUGCUUUCCUUUUAUUUAUACCUUACAUAAUGCUCAUGGUAAUGUCAUUUAAAUAUUCAAAAUGGUUUAUGCUGCCUUUAAUCACUCUUCCAAGAGCUUUUGAAAUAGAAAAACAAUUUCGGUCAGGGAAUAUACAGAAUAUUCCAAGGAAGACUGCUAAACUGAAUUUGAUCCUUGGCAUUCUAUACAUUUUAUCAUGUAGUUUUAUUCCAUCACUUCCAUUUAUCUCUAAGUAGAAUAUUUAAUUGUUGUUGCAUAGUUAAAGGCUGUUUUAUUUAUUGUUUAAAAGUUACUGUACGUUUAUACGAAUAUCAUUUUAAUGUUCUAAUUUUGUAUCAAGGAUGUUUGUUUAUAAUAAUAAUAAGUACUGUAAGCAAGUUUUAUAUGUAACUAAUUCA